AAACGCGGAAACGGUUAUGAGACGAUGCUGGCUUUAGAGGAAGCAGCACUCGUCUUCAGGUCGCUGAGUGACACGACCCGCGCCGAUGUAGAGGAAUGGACAGAGACACGGCCAGUGGAGACAGCAUGGUCCACGGCAGGACAGUAACCGAGGGGGCUCAGGAAGCUCUGCAGCAGUGCCGACUCAUCCAGAACCUGGUGGACAUCUACCUCUCCAGUCUGCGGGCUCUCAGGACCAGUUGCGCCGCAUCCAGCGACUUCACCCGACGGGAGAUCCGCACUUUAGAGGUGAAGCUGACCCACUACAUGUGGACCCAGCUGCAGUGGAAGCAGAGGGUACCAGAGAGGGAGAGACCUGAAGCUCUGUGUGGAUAUCCGAGACUGGAGGACUGGCUCCUAACAGCUGACCUCACACCACAAUUCAUACAGGCUGCAGCGGGGAAGCUCUCAGUGGACGGGUUGCUGCAGAACUCCAGCUCUGAGUUGCAGGACAUGAUGAGACGCCUGGGGUCCAAUUCAGAAGACCGCUCUCGCCUCACUGCCGCCCUCUCCUGUCUGAAGAGUGCAAAUGACACAGGAGUUGGCCCGAGGCCUGAGUUCGGUUCCUGCAGCUCUGAGUCCCAACACCACAGUGAUGCCUUCUCUCCCAUCAGCUCUGGUAGUCCCUCCACCACCCUGCCACCCACCAACACCCACGCCCGCUCCAUCUCCAUAUCGGUGCUUCCUUGUUCAGAUGGCGCCUUCACCCUGGAGCCAAGCUCCCCUCCGGCCACUCAAGCCUCAAAAACACGCACUACCAUGCCCUCCCACACUCCACCACAACCGUCCCGAAAACUGCUGCACCUGCUCCCCAACAUCGCACUGACAAGGAGCAAGAGUCAAGAGUCCCAGCUGGCCAACCGCAUCGAGGAGCCUGCUGCACACAAAGCCUGUAAGAAAAACAAAGUGUUGGCUGCUCUUCAUAUCAACGGCUCCGGGAACCCACCUGAGGACUCGGCGCUGCGGUCACCGCUGCUGUCUGCGCGGACACCAGGCCCUGUCCCGGCAUCAGCCCCAUACACCAUGCCUGCCACCCCCACCCAGCUGGAGAAUGUGACCAUGCACAGGAGCUCCCCUCAGACAAUGAGGAGGGACAUUGGCUUGGCUGUAACACACAGGUUUUCAACCAAGUCCUGGCUCUCCCAGACGUGCCAAGUGUGUCGCAAGAGCAUGAUGUUUGGUGUCAAAUGCAAACACUGCAAGUUGAAGUGCCACAACAAAUGUACCAAAGAUGCUCCCUCAUGUCGGAUAUCAUUUCUCACAUUACCAAGGAUACGGAGGGCAGAAUCGGUGCCAUCUGAUAUCAAUAAUCAGAUUGAUCACACAGCAAAGAUCCCACUGCAAUUCGGCACUUUACCCAAAGCAACAAACAAGAGGCAGGAACCUCCCCCCACUUUAAACCAUCUGGACUCAAGCAGUAACCCGUCAUCAGCUACCUCUUCCACACCUUCUUCCCCAGCACAUUUCCAGCAGAACAACCCCCCAAGUGUCAGCGCCACACCCCCACCCAACGCUUCGCCGCAGAGCUCCCGGGACAGCCGCUUCCACUUCCCAGAUGUUCCUGCUUCUACGUAUACUACUGUUCAACAUCCUGGCAACCACUAUGAGUCUGGAGUGUCCCAGGUGGCCGUCGCUGAGAGGCAGCUGACAGCAGCAGAGCCAGCAGGGGGUGACGAGGAGGAGGAAGCAGCCGACCAGGGCGACAGUGCUCCCACUGAGCAGCCUGAGGAGGACGAGCUGGACGAGCUGCCCUCCUCCAUAUGCCGCCGCGGGGCUGUUGGCCGCUGGAGGGGCCCGUUCAGUCGCAUGGCCAGCCAGACCAGCAUCUACCUGCAGGAGUGGGACAUCCCAUACGAGCAGCUGCAGCUGGGGGAGCUCAUUGGCAAGGGCCGCUGGGGCAAGGUGCAUAAGGGUCGCUGGCACGGCGAGGUGGCCAUCCGCCUGCUGGAGGUGGACGGCAACAACCAGGACCACCUGAAACUCUUCAAGAAGGAGGUGAUGAACUACAGGCAGACACGGCAUGAGAACGUAGUCCUGUUCAUGGGCGCCUGCAUGGCUCCGCCACAUCUCGCCAUUAUCACCAGUUUCUGUAAAGGCGUGACUCUGUACUCUGUUGUAAGAGACAGAAGUCAUAUACUGGACAUCAAUAAGACCAGACAGAUUGCUCUGGAUAUUGUAAAGGGAAUGGGUUAUCUGCAUGCCAAAGGCAUCAUUCACAAGGACCUGAAGUCUAAGAAUGUGUUCUAUGACACAAACAAGGUGGUGAUUACAGACUUUGGCCUGUUUGGGAUGUCUGGAGUGGUACAAGAAGGCAGAAGACAGAAUGUGUUGCGGAUACCUCAGGGCUGGAUCUACUACCUGGCUCCAGAGAUCGUUCGACAAAUGAGCCCAAAGGUUGACGAGGACCAGCUGCCUUUCUCCAAAGCUGCUGACGUUUAUGCGUUCGGCACAAUCCUGUAUGAGCUGCAAGUGGGAGACUGGCCAAUCACCAACCAGCCCGUGGAAGCUAAGAUCUGGCUGGUGGGCAGCAGCAAGGGCAUCAAGAAGGUGCUGGCAGACGCCAACCUGGGCAAGGAGGCCACGGAGAUCCUGUCUACCUGCUGGUCCUCAGGGGCCGACAACAGGCCCACUUUUACCCAGCUGGCAAGCAUGCUGGAGAGGCUCCCCAAACUGAACCGCAGGCUGUCUCACCCCGGACAUUUUGGAAAGAACACUGAGUACGUAUCAUAGAAAGAGGAGCUUUAUUCAUGAUGCAGGGUGGAGUGGCCUACAACACCAAUUUACACCAACAUUCAAAGAGAGUCUGCAUCAGUUUGUUAAUUUCAUAUCUGUCUACAUUUACUUGUCAUAUAAGAAAAAAUGUGAUGGAGCCAAAUGAUCCAAUACACCAUCAAUCUAAUAAAAAAUGUUGUAAAUAGGAUUUUUGUAAAGAAAUGUGAAUAUUAUAAAGCUGGUCUGCUGAGUAUCAACUAAUAUAAAUGACCUUUUCUAAUGUGA